CACAGAGCGGCCAGAGCUGAGGCGACAGUCGCGGAGCCGCCUGGAUGGACGCGACUCUUUACACGUUUGUUCCCGGCCGCUGACUGCGCGUGAAAACAACACGAGUGCGGGUAUCGUCUACAGCUGUGGAUCAAGAGGACUUGGUAGUCUGCCCCAAGCAAAACUACGUUAUGACCCAGGAGGUUCAGAGUCUGCCUACAGAAGAAGUUUUCAUCGGACCUCCUUGCCUAAUGACUAGUGAUGGAGUGCUGAACCUCCUGUGGGGUGUUCAUUCAGCGAUGGGCGUGAAGCGUUCAGCUGAUUCAGAAGAACUAGGGGACCUAUAGGAAGACAGAGACUUCACAACCAGGACAGAGAUGGAUUCUCUGCAUAAUGGAAUGGGGAAUGGAAAAACUCAAAAAUGAACAACUUGUGAAAGUUGCAACUUGUAUGACUAUUUAUGGAGCAAGACUGUCUGAUUUGAAACUCAACAAAAACAGUAUUGCUAUAAAUUCAAGGAAACUAAAUUGUGCAGCAUAUUUAAUUUAAAACUGCAGGUGUGUCCAGUUGGGAAGUGGCACAGAUGUGCAGAGAGCUGGAUGGAUUCCUGAAGAAGGGGCUGACAGCACUGAACUGAGAGAAAACUGACUGCCUCACUUCCAUAUUACACUUCUUUGUAGAGGAUGAACAGUUGGAGUCAGACAAGAGAGGUAGUGCAGAAUGAGAAAAAGUGGGCAGAAGAAAAACAGGAUGAUCUGAGCUUCGCUUCUGAGUUUGCGAUGGAGUCCAAGCUGUCACGAGGAACUUGCUGCAGUAGCCUGGAUUCUCUGGAUGACUUAUCUGCUGCAGGCGAGUCGGACGGUGGCAUAGGCUGGGAGACGGCACUUGCGCCGCCCAUCCAGCAGAGGGUCCAACAGGUUAAGCAGCAGCAGCACAGUUCCCUGGAGGUGAGCACCACUACGAAGCAGGAGGGGCUGGAGGUGGAGCUGAGAGCAGGGCUGGACGUGCAGAGAGAUCAUGAGGCAGAUUUGGGCAGCUCUUUGCGAAAUUCUGUCACCACCAGCCAAUCCGAAAACAAUCUUAACCGCCCCGCACUCACAGCCCUAUCCAAUGGAUUCCACACUGUCAACAAAGGGCUCCCAAGCAGCACCUGCACCCUCCCGAAUUCUUUCAGCGACGCCAACUUGUCGGAUGUCUCGUCGGACUCCGGUUCGGAGCUGGGCAGUUUGGAACGGCUGGAGCAGAGCAGCACAGAAGCCUCUGCUGACAGCUGCGAAGGUGCCGGUGAUGCCGCAAAGCGCCUUGCCAAGCGCCUCUUCCACCUGGAGGGAUUCAAGCGCUGUGAUGUUGCACGGCACCUGGGGAAAAAUAACAAGUUCAACCAGCUGGUGGCAGCAGAGUACCUGUGUUUCUUCAAUUUCAGGGGCCUCACCGUAGAAGGAGCCCUAAGGGAGUUCCUGAAGGCCUUUCCUCUCAUUGGGGAGACGCAGGAGAGGGAGCGCAUCCUGGUCCACUUCUCCAGGAGGUACUGCUCCUGCAACCCGGACUCCCUCUUGUCUGAGGAUGCCAUCCAUAUGCUGACGUGUGCCCUCAUGCUGCUCAACACAGACCUGCAUGGGCAUAACAUUGGGAAGAAGAUGUCUUGCCAGCAGUUUAUCAGCAACUUGGAUGGGCUAAAUAAUGGCAGUGACUUCCCAAAGGACUUGUUGAAGGCUCUGUAUAACUCAAUAAAGAGCGAGAAGCUGGACUGGGCGAUUGAGGAGGAGGAGCUGAAGAAGUCUUUAUCAGAACUUGUGGAGGGAAACUGCAGGGGAAAGAAGAUGGCGCGGGCUGCCAAUGGCAAGAACCCAUUCGUAGGCAUCCCCCUCACACUCAACGCCGUCACCUAUAAGCAUGGUAUCCUCUCUCGCAAAGUCCAGUUUGAAAUGGACGGCAAACCUGCUCCAAAAGGACGUCGCAGCUGGAAAAAAUUCUAUGCUGUUCUCAAAGGAACAGUCCUGUACCUUCAAAAGGACGAGUACAAGCCCGACAAGGACCUGUCGGAGGUAGAUCUGAAGAACACCGUGCGCAUUCACCAUGCCCUGGCCAGCCAGGCCAGUGACUAUGCCAAGAGGCCCAACGUAUUCAAACUCAAGACCUCUGACUGGCGUGUGUUCCUCUUCCAGGCUCCGAGUGAAGAGGAGAUGACGUCAUGGAUCCUGCGGAUCAACCUGGUGGCGGCCUUGUUCUCUGCUCCUGCCUUCCCAGCGGCUGUCGGCUCCAGGAGGAAGUUCUGCAGACCCCUGCUGCCUUCGUCCUCCACCAGACUAAGCCAGGAGGAGCAGCUGAAGUAUCACGAAAACAAGCUGAAGCAGGUCUCUGUGGAAAUCGAGGAGCACAGCAAGAACCUCCCGGACCACAGCAUGGGCUCUAGGGAGUGGGAGGAGUAUCAGCUCAAGGAGCAGUACCUCGCUUUUGAAAGGGACCGGUAUGAAACGUAUGUGGCGCUGCUACAGGCCAAGCUGAGGGUGGACAGUGAGGACCUGGGCCAAGUUGAGGUCAGUCUCCUGAGAGCGCAGCAGGACCAUGGGCAACUGCGGAAGAGCCAGUCGAGCCCCUCCAUCACCCAGGGACACGGAGGGUCUGCUUCGGGCCAGUGGAGCUGAUUGGCUGGGAGAGGUGGGACUCCUCCCAUCAGCCACGCCCCCCAUGCUUUGAUGCCCCACCAGAUGAAGAGCUCAGUGCCUGAAAAUCUCCAUAAUUUUGUCAUUGGCUUUAAAUGACACUGCCAUAAGCAUCAUAACUGUGGGGACAUGGACAAAAUGCCUAACAAUGGUGAGAUUCCAACGAAAUUAAAAUGCAGUUGCAUAGCAGUAAAUAAUGAGCUCAUAUGCUAAAGUAUGGGAACAGCUUCUUGUGAGUUUGGUAUGGAACUAUGGGGCGUGGCCAAAAUCUGACUUGGGUUGUGACACAUCUCUACGAUGACUGGGUGACUACAUAUUGGAACUUAACUAAAGUGACAGUGAAGAAAUCUGAAGAGAGAUGUGAGAAAAGCCAUUAGACAUAUGGAUGAACUGAGUGAUCUGUCCAGUUCAUUUUGAGAAAUUUGGAUGGAUGCCGUGGGCCUGCUCCCUUUUUUUUUUUUUUUUUCCUUCCCCCCCUCCCCUUCUCUGCAAGACAUGGUCAGUGUCGGAAUACAGCUCACCAAGGAGGGCGUUUCUCCCAUCUUGCCAGACUCUGCUGAGGUGAUGUGACAAAGUCAUAGUCAAAAAAGCAUUUUACUUGUUCUCAGGAGUUUCUGGCUAGUAUUCUGUCCUCAUUUAUUGUUGUGAGUAGAUAAUUUGUUGCUGUUACAUAGAUAAUGAGUUUCCUUAAGGAAUUUAGACUCAUGUAUUUGAAAGUUUUGCCAUACGAGUUUUUCAAAGUAAAAUGAUUGCACUUUAGAGAUUUUCUUUAUUUUAGGUUUUGUUUUAAAUUAUUUAUUUUUCCUUUUAAUUUAUCAUUCUUACAACUUGUAAAUAUGGAAUAUGAAUGCUUUUUGCAGUUUAUCAGUGAACUUCAAGUCUUUGAGGAGAGUCAUUUCGGAAAAUGAUGUGCAAAAGCUUGAGAAUUCAUACGGUUAGUGACCCUGCAAGGUUUAACAUGACUGCUUCUCUGACACGGAAUAAACUUGAGCAUCGUGCUGUUCUGCAACACAGACUCUUGGCCUACAUACCUCACAUAGUCCCAGCAUGUGCUCUCAUACAUAUUGAUAACCCCUACAAUUCAUGCUGUACUUCACACUCAUCUUGACAAACCAGUCACUGUGUGGCCCAAGUAUUGUUAAACAAGCAAAAAGAGGCUUUUGUAAAUAAGCAGCGUUAAUUUAUUCCAGCAUAAAAUACAAUGUUUAUUGCUUUUUACAGUGGUGUUCCAAUGCUGAUGAGGCUCUGCUAGAAUGACUUUGACCGAGUAUCAGUGCAGGCUGGUUAACAGAUAUGGUGAGAUGAAAAUGACCAAACAAAAUGAAUUAACUGCAUAACAACCAAAAAGGCUUUUACUUGCCAAAGACAAAGAUUCCCAUGCAAUUUGAUCCAGCUGCUGAAAAUCAGUCUCCCGAGAUGAAAAUGACCAAACAAAAUGAAUUAACUGCAUAACAACCAAAAAGGCUUUUACUUGCCAAAGACAAAGAUUCCCAUGCAAUUUGAUCCAGCUGCUGAAAAUCAGUCUCUCUUUUUGACCUUAAACAAGAAAAAAUUAUCUCCACCUUUCUAGCCAAUUUCACCUGUUUUGAAGCUUUCUUGGCAGCACAGAACAUCCACUUUUUUCCCAUGAUAAGCUAAGUGUAGCCUCAUAAUUAAUUCUGGGACAUAAACAGUAAAGUACUAUUAAAUCACAAUGUCAUCAACUGAGUUGGUGACAGUAAGCAGUUUAAAUGUUCUGUAGUUGAAAUACAAUUGACUAAUCAAAUAGAAAUAUUAUUUCACAUUCAAGGUAACAAGGACAGGAUUCAAUAUCUGUAAUAUAUGUUAAAGUCUGGGAUGGCUAUAUAAAACAGAGCAAUAAUUAGAAAACGCGAGUCUCUGAAUGUUAAAAUCGACCUAGCAGUUGUCAUUGCACUCGAACGCCAGACUUUAACUUCACAUUUGAGUUGACUUUUUUUUUUUUUGGCUAAGUCUUGGUGCUUUAAGUGUUCCAAGGUAAAUUUAAAGUGGAUUUCCAGCAUGAGCUUUGGUUUUGAUGUUAAUUAUGUAGAUGACAUGUAAUAUGAUUUUGUUGACUAAGAUUGACAGCAUCACUUAAAAUGUGACCAGAUUCUUCAGGUAAUCUAUUGUAAAGACAAAAACUAUAAAAUUAGCGUAUGUAUAUAUUACAGAAUAAAGUGUAUCUCGUGUAAGUUCUCUCUUAAUUGUUCACUGAGCAAAUAAAUACUAGUAACUGGCUGCUGACCACUGCAGUUUGAAACGUGUCGACUUGUUUGAGAUAAAUUCAUAGUUAUUUCAGACAUGUUUAGUUAAGCCUGUCCUGAACUAUGUUUAGCUGUGUUUCUCACUUCUUUCUGGUCUUUUCUGAUUGUCAGUUAUCAACUGUCCCACAAGGAUUUGGAAAAGUUACUGGAGAAACUAUAUUCCCUUUAACACAUAUUGUGCUUUUGAGAAAUUCCUUCCUCCUCUUCCGUUGCCUGGUGAAAAUGACUUUCCACACUUUGGCAUGUGACACAAAUAUUCCAUAUUAGGAAAGCAUGUAAGCACACACCAUAAUAUAGUAUUUUAUGUAUUAAAUGGGGUCUCUGUGUAAUAUGGUGGUAUAAUCACACUGCAAUACUGCAUAUAACAACGUUUACUGUGGUGUAUUAACCAAAAACUUUUGAGUGCUCUUGCGUGGUCAGUUUAUCGCUGAAACAUUUAUGCAAAGAAUUACGUGUUACUGAGUCAAAUGCAUGUAUUCCAGACGGAUAUUUUCGGCAGAUUUGCGUGACGAGGGUAAUCUUUGAACCGAUUAGGGCCGUUUAAAUCAGAAUUCCUGCGGAUUCGUCUCACCACCGCAACGUCACGUGCGGAUAUUCAACACAAACGGGAAGUCAAAAUAUACAACAUAUAUUAAAAGAAAGUGACCUUCACGCUGAGGUGUGUGGCAGGGUUUAUGGCGGCGUCUUGGCGGUUCUCUUGAGUGUAACGUGGAAUAUAUGAGCCUGGCCUUGGUUCAUUCACUUUACUUGACUUAGUUUUAAUAAGCACAGGGCCAUGCAAAAAGUGUGUAAAGUACAGGGCUGUGACAGAAACUGUAGAGAUUAUUAAUGCAUUACAAAGAGGUUAUAUCAGUGGACAAAAAAACAACUUUAAGAAUGACGAGUAGAAGAAGCGGGAGGCAUGGUGGCACAUUGAGUAGCACUGCUCUCUCACAGCGCCUG